CCUUGUCCAUCCUGCCCCUCUCAUCCUGAUGGCGCGAGAUGCGCCCCGUCCUAGCAUCUCGGAGCUCAUAGAGCAAAUCACUACAUCCGCAGACGACUCGUCAUUCGCCUUUCCCUCGGACUCGUCCCGCGAGGCUGCCCGCACCCUAGCGGACGAGCUCCUAGCGCUGGACUCGAUCUACGCCGAUGAUCGGUUGAGCGUAGUGUCCAUCGAUCCUGCUGGUUCCUCGUCAUCAUCAUCGCAAUGGACCUCAAACUGCAAGCUUCGCCUCGAGCUCCAGCUGCCCCUUGAUUCCCCCUCCCCUUCACCCAGCUCUCUCCGCCUCUCCAUCUCCCUCCCGCCCUCUUACCCAGCAUCGACCUCCCCACCCCAGCUGCAGCUCCUCGACCGUUUCCUCGGGCCAUACGAGGUGGAUACAAAGCUCUUCAGCGAAGUGCUGCGCAUCUUUCGCUCGUCGCACGAUGAGCCUUGGGGCGAGGAGGGGGAUGCGAGCAGGGCGGUAUUGUUUGAGGGGUGUGAGGAGGUGAAAGGAAAGGUCGAGGCGUGGUUGAAGGAGAUGGGGAAACGGGACAAAGAGAGGAGAGCCAAUGAUGAGAGGGGAGCAGCCGGAGAUGAGGCGCAACGGCGGCGGCAGGAUAACAGCGAGGAAGCAGCGAGAGCAUCAAGUAGUAGCAGCAGCAUACAGCCAUCCCAGCCAGCACCCGUACCUCCCGAAGCACUGAGUGCUCGCAGCAAGCGAUGGACCACAACGGAUGCCGUCGUAGAGCGCAAGUCCACUUUCGUGGGUCAUGCCGUUCCUCUACACUCGCCCCUUGAGGUACCUUACCUUCUCGAGUCCCUCAUGGAGAAGUAUCCGCGAAUGGAUAAGGCCACCCACCCUCUGAUGCGGGCGUGGGUGUGCACCGAGCAGAGGGAGGGCAAGAAGGUGACACAUCGAGACAAUGACGACGAUGGAGAGUCGGCGGCUGGGGGUCGUUUGGCACAUCUACUUGAUACGCUGCGUUGCGAGAAUGUCCUCGUCGUCGUGACGAGGUGGUACGGUGGGAUUCAUCUCGGCGCAGAUCGUUUCAAGGUGAGGCAUAGCGAGAAGGUCCACUGUCAUCUUGCUCCUCACGCUCCUCUCUCUACCUUUCCCUCUCGCAGCUCAUCAAUCGCGUAGCUCGUGAAGCC